AUGCACCCGCGGCGCCCUGAGGGCUUCGACGGCCUGGGCUACCGCGGGGGCGGCCGGGAGGAGCCGGGCCCGGCCGUCAGGACUUUCGGCGGAGCCGCGGAGAUGGGUCACUGGGUGACCACCCCGCCCGACAUCCCCGGCAGCCGCAACCUGCACUGGGGGGAGAAGACUCCGCCGUACGGGGCCGGGACGCCGCUCGGGGCUGCCGGUCUCAACGAGGAGCCUGGCCUCGGGGCGGGCGGGCCCGGCGCCGAGCAGUUGAACAGGUUUGCAGGCUUUGGUAUUGGCCUUGCAAGCCUAUUUACAGAAAAUGUGUUGGCCCAUCCUUGCAUUGUUCUGCGUCGUCAGUGUCAGGUUAAUUACCAUGCUCGGAAUUAUCAUCUCACUCCAUUUACUAUUGUCAAUAUUAUGUACAGCAUCAAUAAGACACAGGGUCCAAGAGCUCUUUGGAAAGGAAUGGGCAGCACUUUCAUUGUUCAGGGCAUAACCCUGGGAACAGAAGGCAUCGUCAGUGAAUUCACACCUUUACCAAGAGAGCUUUCACAUAAAUGGAACCUCAAACAGAUAGGUGGACACCUUCUACUCAAAGGGUUAACACAUGUGAUAGCAAUGCCUUUCUAUUCUGCAAGCCUGAUUGAAACUGUACAGAGUGAAAUCAUUCGAGACAAUCCUGGCAUUCUGGACUGUGUUAAAGAAGGAAUCGGCAGAGUUGUAGGCAUGGGAGUACCCCACAGCAAGCGCCUCCUUCCUCUAAUGGUCUUGAUUUUUCCAACCGCUCUACAUGGAGUUCUUCACUACGUCAUCAGUUCCGUCGUCCAGAAGCUUGUUUUGCUUUUUCUGAAAAGAGAGAAUUCCCACAGCCUGCCAACAGAGAGCUCCACUUCUGUGCAGAGCAUGCUGGAUGCGUAUUUUCCAGAACUCAUUGCUAGCUUUGCCGCUAGCCUUUGUGCUGAUGUCAUGCUUUACCCACUGGAAACAGUUUUACACCGCCUUCAUAUUCAAGGGACGCGCACGAUAAUUGACAAUACAGACCUUGGCUAUGAAGUGCUUCCGAUCAAUACUCAAUAUGAGGGAGUGAGAGACUGCAUUAAUACUAUAAAACGUGAAGAGGGAAUGCUAGGUUUUUAUAAGGGAUUUGGAGCUGUUGUAGUGCAGUAUACUUUGCAUGUCGGUGUUUUACAGCUCACCAAAAUCAUUUAUUCAACACUGCUUCAAAAUGUUUCCUAAUCUGUUCAGGUGUGGAUUUAGCAUUGUGGAUAUGAUACAGUUGUACCAUAUUGUUAAAAAUUAAGUCAAAAAUGAAGUUGAAAGAAUCUACUCUGUGGAUUCUCCCUACAUAGUAAAGCUUGUUUUAAAAAUGCAAGCUUCUAAGUAUAAUUUGAAAGUAUAGUUUAAAUUGAAAAGGAGAAACCAAUUAAGUAUAAUAUGCAGUCAUGCACAAGGGGAUCAGAUUUCAGAUAUGGCUGGAAUGAUUUACUUACCAGUUAGCUGAACUAAGGAACGGGUAUGAGUUUAUAAUCUCUGCUAUAGAAACAUCACACCUGAUAAUCUGGACUGCUAGGCAGUUUGAAGAAUUUUUUUUUUUUUCGUAAGUUGUAAGAACUUUGAAGUGAGAGAUGACUUUACUGGUCUUUUUAAAGUGUUUUCAUCUUCACUUUUAGUGGGCCUGUGAAUAAAAUAGAACUGUAAAAGUAACUUAAAUAGACACAAAUCACUGAAAUUACAGGUAUGUAGACAUCUUAUUUUGCUGCAGUGUAGCAGAAGAUGAAUCUUUUGCUUCAUACAAAAAUAACAAAAACUUCUUUGGGGAUAAAAUUUCACAGAAUGUAAUAUUUAGCUGUCUUAUAGUUUGUUCACAAAGCUUACAGUACUAAAGCGUGUGAAUAAAGCAAAUUAGAAACCAGUGUGUGCAUGUGUAAGAGCCAUUCUUAGUCAACUUUCCGCUGGUAACUUCAGUUAAGUUUCAUUCUGCUACUUCAUCUAACAAAAUAAGCUUGGAAAUGUAUUGAGUGUCAAUGUCCAAAAUACACUGAAAGCAUAAGAGAUUAACUGGCUAUUUUUAGAGUUCCUUUUGUUAGAUUGGACGAGUAUAUACAAAAUUGCCUACUUAAAGUUGAGCACCGAUGUCCUUUGCUGAAGAUCUCUGCUGGAUUAGAUAUUUCUGUGAAGUAGAACAAAGUCUGUUCAUGUGCAAGUAACUACUGAACUGUAACAUUUUUCCCCUCUUCCCCCAUUAAAUCAAAGCUGUUGGUCUGGAAAUUAGCUUUUGUCAUCCAAAAUAAAGUACUCCUUUGUUUCAUCAAUAAA